UCCUGCCAUACAUGAGAUAGAAAAGUACAGAGAAAUAUUUGUAUUUUUUCUAUCUCAUUCAUCACGUUCUCGCGACGCGUUUUCAGAAAAAGUUUUGUUGUCAGUUGAUGAACGCGAGCGGCCCCCACUCUCACGGCAAACUUACACCUUCCUAGACCACACACAUACUAUCAUACGUGAGAGUGGGAGCCGUUUGCGUUCGCCGUCUAGUCCACCGCUGAUUUCAUUAUUCCAACGGGAGCUUCUUCGGAUUGCGUUACUACCGUUAAUAUUGAGAAAAACUGAAAUUAUUGUGCUUUUAAUCCUGCGAGUGAAUUUUUUGUAUUAAGAAGAUACUCUGCAGUCGAGGAAUCAAAAGACAAUUGUUGAAAAGCAACUGCUUCAACGAAAGAAGCUGGUAGAAAGAAAGAUCAUCCAUUGCUGUUAAACAUGGACGUCUGUUCUGAAGGAGAGAUCCAUGAUGGUAUGGAUCAAUCCUUUGAGAAUGAAAACCGCAAUGAAAAUGAUGGCAUGCGACACGAGGAAGAAAUAGAAAAUGCUGACAUCGGAGUUGAAAAUAUGCCUUCAAGAGACGAUGUAAAUAGAAAUGAUGAAGGUAGUGCUGAAAGAGUUGAUGUCAAUGAAGAAAUGGAGGUUUCAGAAGAAUCAUCUAAUGAUUCUGAAGAUGAUUCUGAAGAUGAUUUUGAUGUUGAUCCUGAUGGUGAUCCUGAUGGUGAUCCUGAUCGUGAUUCUGAUGUUGAUUCUGAUGAUGAUUUAAAUGGUGAUUCUGAUGAUGAAUUUGAACGUCCAGAACGUCCAAUUUUCCAAGGGUUUGAUGAAAAUUUCAGAAUGAAUGUUAACCUACAAAAUGACAUCAAUGUAAGAGCUAAAGAUAUCCUGUUAACAUGUUUAGCGCGAAAUGUAAGACACAAAGGCACCUACGAAAGUUUGAUAUCUGACUUUCAAUGUUCCAAAGAUUUGUAUAUUGAAUGCAAUUUACCAACAACGAAAGAGAAAUUAUGGAAAGUGUUGAAGAGAGAUAGGUCAAAUUUAAUGUAUUCAGUAUAUUGUACCCUUUGCAACGAUAAAAUUGGUGAUGGAAAGAAACCAACCAAAGACUGUCACUGUGGUGAUUGCGGACCUGGCAAGGACAAAGACAAUUUAGGUACGUUUAUUCUUCCACUUCUCGUUCCUCAACUACAUGAUUUCUUUAAACUCCCAAACAUAGCUGCAUCUUUGCGCUAUAAGUAUGAACGGGUUAAGAUAAAUCAUGAUAAUAAGGAGGACAUUUACGAUGGAGAAAGGUACGUUAAACUUUCUCAAGAAGGUAGGUUCUUGAACAAUCCAUAUAAUUACUCCUUCACAUUAUGGGUUGAUGGUGUAUCUUUGGCAAAAUCAUCAAACGCUUCUGUGACUCCAAUUCUGUUACAAAUCAAUGAAUUGCCACCCCAUGCUCGUAAUAAACACGUUCUUUUAGCAGGGAUUUACGUAGGUAAGAAAAAGCCAAAUGUCACUUCUCUUUUACUUCCAAUUGUUAAACAAUUGCGACACUUGGAGGAAGAAGGCAUAAAAUGGCAUCCAGAAGGACCAGAUGGACCCGAAGUUGAGAGUAAGUUUACAACUUUAAUAUUUACUGCAGACGCAGUAGCAAAGGCAGAAGGUUUACGAAUGUGUCCUCACAAUUCGUAUUACGGUUGUCCAAAAUGCUACAUACAAGGAUUUUGGGAUAAUACUAAAAUUAUUUUUCCCAAUGAAGAAAUUAUCUUGCGCAAGCACAAUGAAAUAUUGCAAUGCAUGGAAAUUGUAUUUCAGGAUAAAGAACCGUUCUUGGGUGUAAGAGGAUGCAAUGCUUUUGCAUCCUUACGCCAUUUUGAUUUAGCAGAAGGCCCUAUACACGAUGACGUUCACGGCUAUUUUCUAGGAUGCGCUAAACAGAUUACCACACACAUUUUAGAAGAUGUUGGAAAAGAGUGGUAUAUUGGACAAAAGAAAAUUAUGAAAAAGAUUGACAAGAAACUCAAAAAAAUACAAUUGCCUUCAAGAGUUUGUAGACAAGCACGAAGUAUAUGUACUUUUCACAAAUGGAAAGCAAGCGAAUGGCGUAACUGGCUAUUUUACUAUGCUCUUCCAUGUCUUGAAGACAUUUUAAAAGAACCUUACUUUACUAAUCUAAGGUUACUGAGUGAAUCUGUAUUCAUUUUAAAUAAUGUAUCAAUAUCUGAACGCGACUUGAAUCUUGCACAAACUCUAUUAAGGCAGUUUGUGGCUACCUCAGAUAUUUAUGGAAACGCGAAUAUGACAUAUAAUGUACAUACAGCGGAACAUGGUCCAAAUUCCGUAAAAUCUUGGGGACCAUCAUGGGCAUAUUCCACAUUCCCAUUUGAGAGCUUUGGUGCAAAAAUAAAAGAUGAUGUAAAAAGUCCGCAUGAUCGUGCAGAUCAAAUUGUCGAUCGCUUUUUUUUGAGAAAAUUUGUUGAAUCUUCUAUUAACGCAGAUGACAUUGCUGAAAAAACAAAGAGAAGAGUAAGAAAAUUGCUGGAGAUCAAAGAUGAACCUAUUCCACAAAAUAUGUCACCAGGACAUUAUUAUGUUGGAAUAGGUAAAGAAAGACAGAGAUACCCUAGCGAACUGUUACUCCGCCUAAUACGAGAAGCAGAAGAGGUAAUUGAUGAAAAUACACUUGUGCACAUUCACAAGCAAGCGAAAAUUCACGGAGUAAAGUAUAGAAAGCAUGACAUUGUGAAACGAAAGUUCUGUGACAGUAUUGCUUAUAAUGGAAAAGAUUUUUUUUCUAUUAUGACUUUCUUGUCAUAUAGAAAUGGAGAAAGAACAGUUUCUGGACUUAUUGGUAAACAGUUUCAAGUCAUAGAGAAUCUGUAUGGAACAGAGCACAUAAGGAGAGUACUUCCUUCUGAAACAUUGCGCUUUGUGUCCUACCAUGACAUAACAGUUCCAGCAACAGUUUUUUGCAUAAAGAAGAAGUACUAUGCAAUUCCUUUGUCAAACAUUUCAACAGUAGAUUAAUAUCGAAUACAAGAAAGUAAUUUUAUUACCUCCGAUGACGUUCAUUUGGAGAAAAAUGAAUUUAUAACUUGCGUUGAUUUUCGCGCAACAGAAAAUUCCUAAUUCUUGCGCUGAUUUUCGCGUAUAGAAAAAACUUUUUACUUGCGUUGAGUUUCGCGCAAUAGAAAAAAUUUAUGUGCAUCGAGAGAUGCGUACAUUAAAAAAAAUAUUACUUGCGUUGAGUUUCGCGCAAAAGAAAAAAAUGUACGUGCAUUGAGAUCCGCACAAUAAAGAAACUUUUUACUUGCGUUGAGUUUCGCGCAAGAGAAUAAGUUAAUAAUACAAAGUCCUACAGCUUGCGAUGAGUCAUCUCGCAAGAAAGUAGAACUUUCAAUUGUCCAAAUUUCUUGUGCUGAAUUUUCGCACAAAUGUCAUUGGGCAUACACUACAUUUAAUGUGAGCAAGAAUGGUGGUUUUAGUGGGUAGGUCCAACAAUGGAGAGUCCCACACUACCGUACGGUGUGCCUAAAUGCAUUUCCACCAGGAGAAAAAAAAAAAAAAAAAAAAAAACGAAUACAACUACAACAACAACCAAGCUAAAAAUAAAUAAUAAUAUGGUACGUAUGAAGAAUGUUUAAUAUUUAUUAAAUUUUGAAAAAUCAUUUAUUUAAAUAGUAUUGCUAGCAGUAAUAAUUAUCUACGCUGUUGUCAAUAGCUUACGUUUCUUAUGUAGUUGAGUAAUCAAAAAUGACGUUCGUUUUCAAAAGGAACUGUCGUUAGUGCGACGAAGGCGAAACGGAAACGAGCCGCGCAGGCGAGUUGGAGUCAAACCGAAGUCGCACUGACAGCGAGUAUUAAAAUCAUCAGAACCUAAAAGUUUGCGAGCCGCAUACGCUAUUUUUUCGACAUUGAUAUGAAAAAGUUAACCUUUUAAUCUUUCAAUCUUUUAAUCAUUCAAUCCUUUAAUCUUUCCAUCUUUCUAAAAUUUCAUAAUUUAAUCUUUCAAUCAUUCAUUCUUUAAACCUUUUAAUCUUUCAAUCACAAUCUCUCAAUCAUUCAAUUUUUCAAUAUUAAUCUUUUAAUCAUUCAACCUUUCAAUCGUUCAAUCUUUCAGUCAUUUAACCAUUCAACCUUUCAAUUUUUCAAUCAUUUAAUCUUUCAAUCAUUCAAUUUUUCAAUCUAGUAAACUGACACAGGACAGUUCUGCACAACUGCCGUAAAAAGACUUAAUGGCAACUAACUGCCGUAAAAAGACUUUUUACGACAGUUAGCUGCCAUAAAGUAUUUUUCCGGCAGUUGUCUAGAAUUGCUUAAAAAGUGCUACUUUAUUUGCAUAAAACAGGUCCCAAAAAGAUACUUUCUCAUGUCUAUGGCGAAAAAAAAUUCACAGAACCACUAUUUCUGCUCAUUGCAUUUAACUUUUUAAAAUUUCCAUUAGUUCCUAUUAUCCGAGUUUUCGAUUAUCGCUGUUCUACUGUUAAAAACUUCUUUAUUUUAAUUCCAAAUAAAACUUCAUCACCAGGGAAAAAUUAAGUAGAACAACAGAUUACAUAUAUUUCUACUGUCCAAAUAUAAAUAAAGUGAUUUCCAUCCUAAUUGUAGUAUUUCAAAUAAGACAUUUCAUUUAACUG